GCGACGACGGCCGUCGGGAACGUGAAAUUCGUUCGGCGGGGACUCUUGGUGCCGCGGAUAUGGACAAAUCACGGCGGACAUAUCGUAAAUCCAAAAGUGAGGGAGGUGUGGCGAGCAAGCUGCCGCCAUUGACCCCAUUGACGACGACAGCAACGGCGGUAAUGCCGCCGCCGCCUUCGCCUCCGCCUCCGCCAUCGACAACGACAGCAAAAGCGAUAAUUCCGCCUCCGCCAUCGACACCGAUUCCACCGACGACGACGAUAGCAACGGGGAUGACGCCGCCGUCUCUGGCACCGAUGCCACCGACGAUGAUGACAGCAAGGAGAAUGACGCCGCCGUCUCUGGCACCGAUGCCACCGACAAUGACGACAGCAAGGGGGAUGACGCCGCCGUCUCUGGCACCGAUGCCACCGACGAUGACGACAGCAAGGGGGAUGACGCCGCCGUCUCUGGCACCGAUGCCACCGACGAUGACGACAGCGUCGAUAGCGACGGAAGUUAUACCGCCUCCGCCACCGACACCGCCAUCGCUAACACAAAGCGAGGAGAGAGAGAGAGCGAGCGCAAUGCGUAAG